AUGGAGCUCUUCGGGUUCGUCAAUGAACUGGCCGACGACCGCGACGCGCUGGUGGCCAGGAGCCGCGAGGUGCUGCGUGGACUCGGCAGAGACGACGAUUACUUGACGCUGCACCUGCCGUUCGCGGCGCGCAGCUCGCUAACCAAUGUGCAGUCGACGCUGCCCGCGGAGCUGCAGACGCUGCAGAAGACGGCGGUGCUGGAGAUCCACAGCCCCAAGGCGCGCAACGCGCUGAGCGGCAAGAUGAUGGCGGAGCUGGCGGACAUCGUGGCGCUGCUGGAGGACUCCGAAGUGCACGACAAGCUGAACGCCGUCGUGGUGAGAGGGACCGGAGGCUGGUUCUGUGCCGGGGCGGACCUGCGCGUGGCGCAGCAGGAGCUGACGUCGCGUGAGGCGGGCGCGGCCAUGGGGGCGCUGAUGGUGGACUCGCUGACGAGGUUCCGACGGUUGCCGCUGGUCAGCAUUGCGUGCAUUGAAGGCGGCGCGUAUGGAGGGGGCGCAGAGCUCGCCACUGCGUGCGACUUCCGGAUCCUGGAGGCGAAAGCUGUCAUUCAGUUCGUGCAAGUGCGCAUGGGCGUCUCGCCCGCGUGGGGUGGAGGUGCACGACUGUACAAGAUUGUGGGCAGGCAGAACGCGUUGAGGUUGUUGUGUGCGGCGGAGAAGCUGUCGGCUCAGCGAGCGUUGGAGCUGAAGCUCGCCGACUUUACCUUCGACGCUGCAACGGAUGGCGCUGACGCUGCCAUCUGCAGCUUCGUUACUCCGUUCGAUGCAAUCGCGCCAGCGGUCUCGCAUGGCGCGAAGAAAGUGAUAAAUCGUGCUGAUGACGUGAGUUUGGAUGCAGUGCUGUUGUACGAACAUGACGUGUUCAAGUCGUUGUGGGGUGGUCCGGCUAACCUUGAGGCGCUCGAAGGUGCUCUCAAAAAGACGAAAAAGUAAGGUUUGAUAUCUAUGGGAGCGUGCGUAGUGAGCACUGCUAAGCUGCACGAGUGAGUGUAUCGAGUUUGAUUUUGUCGAUGCAGUAUUUUU